GGUAGCAAGAAACUUUUACUCUUAUCAACAACCGCAACCUAAAAAAAAAAAUACGAAGAUGAAGUUCCAAGUUCACAUUUAAACCACCUUCUUAUUUACGUAACUGCAUAAUAAAUUACAAGUGUACUUUUUCUUUAUAUAGUAUUUGCUUCCAGUUCUUUCUCUAACAACUUCAGGGUGCCAUAAUCAAAUACAUUAUAUCCAAAACCUGGUACGAUCUCUUUCAACCCAGCCCAGAACUCAUCCCAUAUAUACGCAGUAUAAUGAGCUCAACUCCGCGGUGACCUUGAAAUCAUGGCGCAAGAGUUGUCCUCCAAUUGGAAGAAGUUACAGGAAAAGAUCAAGGCAGAAUCUACCACGGCUUCUUCAUCCUCAGUGUCAAAAGCCGUAGCUAAAAGGAAAGCUGAGGACGUGCCACCGUCCAAAUCUCAGCAAAAACGGCCGAGGUUACAGAAGCCUCCUCAUAAGUCUUCUCGUAAGCCCACUCAUACACCUCUGCAGAAGAAACCAAUGGGCGUCGCCCAGUCUUCUACCAUCGCCAAAGGCACACCAACAACUAUUACCCCUUCACUCGCUCUCUGGGCCGAAGAUAAUGAUGUCUCGCCAGAAGACUUAGCUGAGGCUUACAACCUUGGUGUCAAAAACAAUUCCUCCCUCGUGGCCGCUCAGCCGCCUCGCGUCAACGAAGGGCUAGCGCCUGGAGUUGAGGUGGGCAAGUACAUCGCGAUAGACUGUGAGAUGGUCGGCGUAGGACCCGAAGGGCGGGAUUCCGUGCUAGCGCGUGUCAGCGUGGUCGAUUUUCAUGGUCGGCAGGUAUACGACUCAUUCGUGCGGCCGCGCGAAACCGUGACCGACUGGAGAACUCACAUUACGGGCCUGACACCCCGUAUACUAUUACCCGUCGCGCGCAGCUUCGACGAGGUGCAGGAAGCUGUCGCGACACUCAUGCGCGGCCGCAUCGUCGUCGGCCACGAUAUACGGCACGACUUGGCCGUGCUGCAGCUGAGCCACCCGCCAGGACAGAUCCGGGAUACGGCGAGGUUCGUCGGGUAUAAACAAUACGGGCACGGACCUAAGCCGGCCCUCAGAGUAUUAGCGCGCGAGGUAUUAGGUGUUGAAAUACAGACGGGUCACCACUCGAGCAUUGAAGACGCGAGAGUUGCCAUGCUGCUCUUCCGGAAGCGGAAGUCCGACUUCGACGUCCAGCACGCGGGUAAGUACGGAUUACCUGCGGAGAAGACGAUAGCGAACGACAAGGUAGGUGUAGAUGGCAGGAAUGGUGCUGGUGAUAAGGGCCAAGAAGCGAAGUCGAAGAAAGGAAAGGGGAAGAAGAAAAAGAAGAAACAUUGAUAGGGGUACAAUAGGAGAAAUGAAAAGAACGUGUGCUCUCAAAUCGCAUUUUAUUAGUGUUUCACUCUUUUAACCUAUAGUAGUCUCAUUAAUAACUGCUAUCCUCUGAUUUUAUACUUGUUAGCGUCAUUGGCAUUCGACGAAGUCAUGUUAACAUAUCUCUCUAUAUGUAUAUCCGUCUAGAAAACACAACGCUAAUACUCCUUAAUCCAAACCUAGAUUUAGAUCG